CAACAGCUGAACUGCGGCUACUGUGAGCCCAAACGGCGAAUGAACACCAUGAUGGGUCUACAUUCUGAAGAGAAGAAUCUGGAAAGAGAUCUUAAGAGUAAAGCCGUCCACGUCCGGAGAAACCUAUUCGGCCCCGUUGAUCACGAGCAGCUACAUCAAGACUUUCAGCAUUUACUCCAGGCGAAUGUCGAAGCUGCCGGACAAAAAUGGAAUUAUGACUUCGGCCGGGAAGUUCCCUCGGAAGGGACCCUGGAAUGGGAAGAACUGAAAUGCCAAGACGUCCCAGCUUUUUACAGGAGCCGCGUAAUCAGCGGAGCGAAGCACUUGUCUGGACUGCCAGAGGCUCCAGUGAACAGUAACUCAGAUCACCCAGUGCCUCCCAGCAAGGGAAUAAAAGUCCAGGUGACGCCUGAGCCCAAGAGAAGGAAACAGACCUGCAUAACAGAUUACUAUUCAGCAAAGAAGAGAUGUACACAUCCAAUCCGCCACAGCAGAAGAAAGUAGUUUAUAAGAUAGAAGACCUAAAGGUGGUUUCACAGGGACUGAGCAUCAUUAUUAAUAAAACUGCCAUGUGUUCCUGAAGAAAAUGGAACAUGAAGAUAUUUUAUAUUCAAACCUUGUUGUUAAACUACAGAAUGACUACAAAUUGUGCUUAAAAAUUAACUACAAAUUGGGUACAAAUUAUUUUAAACAAAACAAUAUAGUACACCAAUAGGCUGAGAUUCCAUCAUCAAACAGCUCAUUUAUUUGGACGUUGGAUUUUGAAUUUUCUUUUUACGGACUUCUUUUGGAUGCUAAAAGUAAAGGCUAAAACUUAAAGGACAAAAACAAUUAACUGAGUUCUUGGAGAAAGUGAAACCCAGACUGUUGCUGUUUUUGUUAAAGAAAUUACUCCCAUCUUUUCUACUGUGUAAAGACUUUGUGUACAAAAUGAAUUUUAGUAGCAGUUUCCUCACGGUGAACAUCAGUAUUUCAUCCAUUUUAUUUGUUCUUGAAGCAGUCUUCUUUUACACUCCUUUUGAAUGAGUCUCUACCUUCAUGUAAUGAGGACAGUGUAUGCAUUGAAUGGCAACAAUGCAUUGAAGAGACAUAAUAUUGGCAUUGUCAACAGCAUGGUCAAAUCACAAAUUUCAUAACAUUAGCCAAGGAUCAGUAAUCUUCAAAACUGUUGCUUGAAACUGAAAAUGAAACAAGCUAGCCUGCCCCAGCUAACCUUGAAGCCUGCUUGAUUUAGCAGCGCAAGGGUGUAGACUGUCCGCUAGAUUGAACGGAGCAGAAACUCGAGAGAGAAAUUGGAAAAAGUAUUCACCCCUCCCACUGGAGCAUGAAAGAUAGUUGGGGAGAUGACUCCACCAGAAUUGUUGGAUUCAAUCCUUUUUCAGAGACUUCUCUGUGAACCCAGUUGUUUGUUUUUUAAAAUGUUAAACUUUGUUUAAUUGUUACUAAUUUCUCCCAUUUUUAGGUUUCUUCUACUCAGUUCACCUGUGCUGUUUAACUGUCCAGAGUGGAAUUUUUUUGUGCAGGGACAGAUUCCAUGAAUAUUUUGCUGUGUUAAUUCUUAACCAGACAAAUGACAGUCUACAAACACAGAAAUAACAUCUGAUUUGCCCAUUGUUGCUAUCAGCAGGAACACUACCAAUUUCUUAUUUACUUAAAUCGUUUUUACCUUGCUCAGCUAAAGAAAACAUAAGAACUCUGCAACUUCCAUGGAAAAUAAUUGUUUCAUUAUAUUUCAGAUGAAUAAUUUGAGCAAGGAAAUGUGGAGUCUCUUAGAAGGAAAUGCCAUAUCAGAAUUUGUAAUUACUGAAACAACUUUCUUACUUCAGAUCAACAUUCAUCCUUACCCUGUGAAACCCCAGCUCCCGUUUUGUGUCAUGAGUGGAGACCAAUUUUUUAGAAAAGAUGUGCAGCUUGUAAAUAUUUAGUUUUGUGUCAUUAUGUCAUUUUGGUUGGACUAAUAUUUGCUGUAGUUCUAUUUUUGGUAUAUAAAUUAUGUUAUAGACAUCUACAAACACAGAGAAAAAAACGAUCAUCUUUCUACCUUCCUCUGUUUCUCUUUUGGCUCUUGUUCGUGUCUCCAGAUGUAAGUAACAAUACCAGCUAACCUUACCUGAAAUGUUCGUUUAUCAUGAUCUUAUCUUCUAUUCUAAUUUCUUAUACUCUGAAUGAUUUUCUUUUCAUUCCCUGUAAACUCAAACAAACAGGCCUCUACUCGUCAUCUUGUAGACAAGAGAUUGCUGACCUGAUUCCUUAACCACGUCUUCAUUGUCCUUUUUGCUUCAGCCAAUGAAUGCAGAGUUUAUUUUAUGCUCAUCUGAUUAUACUAAAAUGCAAAAGACCAGGUCCUCUUCACACAUUUUCCAGGCUGUAAUGCUAAUGUAGGAUUGCUCAUCCUGCCAUAUGUCCAGGUAACUGUCUAAGGGUUAAUAUUACCAUGUAUAUGUUUUCCCCUCUCUAAGUGAGAUUAAGUUCUAAGUUGUUGCAUUGUAGGUAAAUCUGCUUUCAGUUAUCAGGUCACAUACCAGAGAUGAGCAAAAUAAAUCUAGUAAAAUUCACAACAUGACAAUGGGGAGAGAUAUUUUGAUACCUGUAAUAGCUGCUGUCAGCAGAAGAUAUAUUCUUUAUAAUUGGUUUGCCAGUUUUACUGAAGUUGGUGAAUAGGCUUAGAAACAGUGGAGUGACUCUAAUGGUUUAAUUGCCAAAUGCGCUACUUAGUGUGGAACAUAGCCAUAGGAUCAAGGAAACCCUCCAGUUUGAUCCAAGGCUUGAGCUGCAAUACUCACUGUUCAACUGUAAGAUAAUCCUUGGCUUUUAAAAAUAGCUUCCCUGCCCAAAUUCUCCCUACCCACCUGAAAGCAUUUGCUUAUACUGGCUAUUGUUUGACUGGAGUUAAUACCCAUUUGAUACUUCACUCAAAUGCCCAUUCCUCAUGAAUGAGUGUCAGCUGGACGUUGCAGAAUUUAUGGAUAUUAGAUAUGUUGGUAACAUCUGAGCUUAAUCCUACACUGAGUAGUGAUUGGGAAUGAGGACCUUCACUGAUUUGAUCAUCUCCAAUUGUAAUUAACUGGCUCAUUGUCACUAGGGAUGAGGGAUCAAUUAUGGAACUAUAGUAAUCUAUAUCAUUCAGUAGCAGUAUGGAUGAAAAUUACCCAUUAAACCAUCAUGAGAUUUUUAAAUUAUACAGAAGAAUUUCUGACGUGUUAUAUCUCAUGGUAUCUUUAUGAGUAAAAGACACUUGCAUGUUUUCUUGUAGAUUCAAAGUAAUUCAUUAGUACUACUGAAGAUGUGUAGAGACUGAAACACAUACAGCCCUUUGGUGGUGAUGCACAGCAGUUAUACUGGGAAAUCCUUGGUCUCUGUAUUGAAUAAACCAGGGAUGAGAAAUUUCUGCCGCUUCACAGAAUCCUGAUUUUUGGAUCAAAGAAUUCCGCUCUUUUAAUUUUUUUUCUGAUCUCCACUUGGCCCCGGGGGAGAUUUCUCUGAGCUGGUCUCUCUUUAAUCCGCUGCCAAUCUGGCUCAGUUUCUGUGAUUAAGAGAAGCAGAUGUUGCACCCCCAGUAGCUGUUGGUCCCGAAUGCAGCCUGCAGAGUGUCUUCCUGCACUGGGCUGUCUUCCUGCUGCCUCCUCUGGAGUGGGAGUCUCAGGCACAGGAUGGUUGGAUCUUCUCGCCCAAUCCGAGGCCCCGUUACUGAUGGAGUGACUUGACACUGCCCCAACUGCAGCCAGCCACUCAGCUUCAGGCUCUAGCCCCAGAAGGGAGGGAGAUUCUAGCCAGCCAUGGUCUCAACCAUAUCCCACCCUCAGCAGCAGUCGCCACUUUGUACUGCCUCUGGCAUCUGGGGCUUGGGGUUUGGGCCCUCAUAACUGCUUCUUACCCACAUCAGUCAAUGUUUUAUAAAGUUUUAGGAUUUCUGUAUCAUUUCUAAAAGGUUUCCCUUUUAUCUGACGCCAUUAUCACUGCUUUUCCACUCCAGCUCCCCCAUAUCCAGGCAAGAUGGAGAAAUCCAGGUGGGUAAG